UAGGCUGCUGUGCCGCGGCUGCCUCCGCUCCAAGAUGGCGCAGGCGAUAUUCGAGGCGCUGGAAGGAAUGGAUAAUCAGACAGUGUUGGCUGUUCAGUCCUUAUUAGAUGGCCAAGGAGGAGUAACAGAUCCAUCAGCACAAACUGUCAACACAUCUACCACCAUCCAGUCUAUGGAUGAUGAAGAUGUGUUUCUUUGUGGGAAGUGUAAGAAGCAAUUCAAUUCAUUGCCAGCAUUCAUGACUCACAAGCGGGAGCAGUGCCAAGGCAAUACCCCCUCUUUGGCUACAGUCUCGCUGGCCACCAACAGUGUAUACACUCCAUCUAUUACAUCAGUGCAGCAGGCUCAGACCACCAAUCGCCAGAUCUCUACAUAUAUUACUGUCCCGCCGUCUCCUCUAAUUCAGACACUAGUACAAGGGAAUAUUUUAGUAAGCGAUGAAGUCUUGAUGUCAGCUAUGUCUGCUUUUACAACGUUAGACCAACCAAUGUCCACUGUGCAGCCCUCUGUGCAGAGCAGCCUGAAUAUGCAUACUGGCGCAGGAUACUUGUCUCAGCAACCACCUCCCCCUCCUCCUCCACCACCACCUCAGCCUCCCCCUCCUCCUCCCCCUCAGUCACUUGGAGCACCAGGCCAGACCAGUGCAGGGAGCAGCGGUGUGGUGGAAGUCUACAGUGCACCUGCAUCCAUGACUGGGAAUGGAACAGUAGAGAUACAGAAUCUGGGAAUGCAGCCCUAUCCACCCAUGGAGGUACCCAGCCAAUGUGUAGAAAACCCAGUAUACUCCUCCCCUCCAGUAUACAGUCCAGGCAAGCAAGGUUUUAAAUCCAAAAGCCCGAACACUGCUGCUUCACUGAAUAGUACGUGUGGAGGAAAUGUGAGCAAUUAUGAUUCAACAUCACCUUCCAAGAACCGUCAUUCUAAAACAGACAGCAGCCUGCUAGAAGGAAAACCCAAGUCACCAAAACUGAAAUGUACAUACUGUGAUAAGGCCUUCACCAAGAACUUUGACCUGCAACAACAUAUCAGGAGUCACACAGGGGAGAAGCCAUUCCAGUGUAUCGUGUGUGGCCGUGCCUUUGCACAGAAGUCCAACGUGAAGAAGCACAUGCAGACCCAUAAAGUGUGGCCACCAGGGAUCGGGUGUACCAUCUCUCAGAACUCUGUCACUGUGCAAGUCAUGGCACUCAACCCCAAUCAGCAGGAGGAUGAGGAAAAUGCAGGCUUAAACCUGACUCCUAGAAGCAGUCCCCAACAGCCUCGGGCAAUGCCUCCUACAGAAGAACAGGAAACUGGCAAGCUGGAAGCCAAGCAGGUUGUCUUGAUAGACAGUUCUUAUCAGUGCCAGUUCUGCCCAAAUAAAUUCAGCACAUAUUUCCAGCUGAAAUCGCACAUGACACAGCACAAACACGAGCAGGUUUACAAGUGUGUUGUGAAAAGUUGUGCACAGACAUUCCAGAAGCUGGAUUCCUUCUUAGAGCACAUCAAGAACCACCAAGAGGAGCUGAGCUAUCGUUGCCACCUCUGCAGCAAAGACUUCCCCUCCCUCUAUGAACUGGGUGUCCACCAGUAUUCCCACAGCUUGCUUCCUCAGCACAGUCCCAAGAAGGAUAUGGCUGUUUACAAGUACAGUAACAGAAAGAUCCGUGGUUUUCAAGCCUUUUUUCUUGUACCCUGUCAUCCCUGGUUGGCAAGCUACAUUCUGUCGUGUGACUGUUCCUCCCAUGUUGGACGUGCAGGAAUUGACUGUGCAAUUAUAAGUAAAACAGCUCCUCCAAGAUCUGUUCGGUCAUCCUUCUCUCCAGAUGGUAGUUGCAUUGCCCAUUUUGUUAUGGUGUUUCCCUGUGAGAGGUACCUGCGACGGCACCUCCCUACACACGGGGGUGGAGGCAAAUUCAAAUGUCAGAUCUGCAAGAAAUUCUUCCGCCGAGAACACUACCUCAAACUGCACGCUCACAUUCACUCGGGUGAAAAGCCUUUUAAAUGCUCUGUGUGUGAUUCAGCCUUCAACAGGAAAGAUAAACUCAAACGGCACAUGUUGAUCCACGAGCCUUUCAAGAAAUAUAAAUGCCCCUUCUCGAGUCAUACAGGCUGUGAUAAGGAGUUCAACAGGCCAGACAAGUUGAAAGCUCACAUUCUGUCCCAUUCAGGGAUGAAGAUCCACAAGUGCCAAUAUUGCAACAAGGCCUUCAGCCGACGGGCUCACAUGGUGGAACAUCAGCGCUCUCACACUGGCAACUACAAGUACCGCUGCCCUACCUGCAGCAAAGGCUUUACACGCCAAAAGUACAUGAAGGACCACAAAUGUCGGUUGAGCACGCCCAAGGACAAAGACCUGCCGGUCAGAAAAUGCCAGAAGAAGUGGGGGACUCAUGGGCGGAAAAUGGGGCUUCCUCUUUCGGCUCAGUUGACUUUGACAGAACUGAAAGACAGUACAGUUAGGGAGAACCCUCAAAAAGGGAGUUCUAAUAAAGAACAGUUUCCAGAGUCUGACACAGUUCUGUCCAUUGUGGUCGGAAGGUCAGCAGCCGUGUCAGCAGGCGAUUCAGAUACUGGCAAUGCUAGCCAAUGCAGUGGCAUCCCAUCUAACCUUGCUCUAGCUGAGUUGCAGCCUGGUUCCGAAAGCCCAUGCACCAUGCUGGCUGUCCCUGUUUACAUUCAGUCUACUGACUAACUGAAUAAUGCAGUGACUUACGUCCGCUUCAUAGGGGAAAUAAAUUCCUCUUUCUUUGAUGGAGUCAGCCUGCUGCAGGAGAUCAGAAAUAAAUGGGAGCCGUGCGUGUGUGUGUGUAUCUGCGAUGAUGCAGAGACCAGCAUUUUUAAAGAAAAAUGUUGGUAAGACAAAGAAUUAAUCUGAAGAAGCUCAUAAGAAUCAGCAGGCACUGAAAGGUGUCUGGAUUGUGAAGAGUGGGAGAAGAAACUACCAAGAGCAGAGGAUGAAUGCCAAAUGUCACAUGAUCAACCAUGUCUAACGGAGAAUUGGGAACAGGAGAUAAAGGAGAAAAAAAUGGCAAACCAAUCCAUGAACAGUUACCAACAUCCACACUAAAUGUUAUUUGUGUGAUUUCAUUCAUAUUGACUGUAUUUUCAUAAUGCUGCAACACACAGUACAUUUAAUUGAAGACAGGAGGUAUGGUACUUCACAAAGGGGCUCAAGUUAGUAAUCCAUUGGACAGUGUGUGGAACUAGUGUGAGUUGAUCUGAAACUUUAUUUGAUAAAGGGGAGCUGCCACUUGAAUGGUGCUGGGCAGUAACCCUCUAGUACAGUAAUGAGCACUGUGGCCCUCCAGUGCUGUGGCUUACAAUGCCCAGCACUGGUAUCACUGCACCAUUGGCUAGGCUGGCUAGGGCCGAUCGGAGUUAUAAGCCAAAGCAUCGGGAGGGCUUCAGGUUACCAAGAACAAGAACAAGUUACUACUAUGGAUUUCUUAAUGACCUAAGAAGCACUAAGAGAUAUGCUAAUAUUAAUAAGCCAUAAAAUAUGUUGGCUAUCAGUGGGCCAUGUGUACAACUGAUGUUAGAUUUUUAUGUUAAAUUAUCAAGUUGUGCCAGAGUUGUCCAUCAGGUUACCCAAAUGCAGCUAUUCUUGAACUUUUGUGACAAUAAACCUCAGGAAAACUGAAGUAUUUUGUAAUGCUAAAUCUUCAUGAAUCCCCGAGUAAAUCUCCUGGCAUUUCAAAUGUAAUUUUUUACCAGGGGUCCCUUUUUUCUACUGCUGCUAUUAUGGAUUAUGUUUAUAUUCUGUAUGUCCUCCAAAGUGCUCAGAAUAAACUUUUACUGAGAUGUAGCUAGGUAAGAGAAACUGACUUGCUGAAGAACACUUGCAGUGCAAUUCUAAUAUGUCAGUUCAGAAGUAAGCCUCACUGAGUUCAGUGGGAAUAACUCCCAAGUAAAGAUGUAUUGGAUUGCAGCCUCUGCGAGUCUCAUCAUUCACUGAAGUCCAAAACUCAAGCUACCGUGCAAUAUUGGCUCUGAUGUUGAGGCCUCCCAAUACUAGAAGCUUGCCUCCUUUGAACCAGGGAAGAAUUCUGCAUUUUGAUUAGUUGAAAGCAGUUCUUUAUUCCUGAUUCUUCCUCAGUGUUGUUGGUUGUCCAUUACACCAAGGAGAUAAAUGAGUGAGCCCCACUAUUGGACAUUGAUGAUUUUGUUUUCAUGCAUUCUUUUUCAUAUGUGUUAUUGCUAUUUCAUCAAUGACUGCAGAUAUGGUUUAGAGAAGUGACAUAACUCAAGAUGAAUGCAAGUUUUCUUGUAUAUAGAUGCAUGGCUAUCUUUACUACUAACAGUUAUAAUGACAUUUUAUAAAUUAUAUUGGGAAGGAUGAAAAAAAUCAGAAUCUUAUAUAGAGAGAGAGGGAGGGAGGAUUGUCGUUUUCAGACUUCCUUUCAUUCCAAUUCCACCCAAAAAAUUUACUAUUGUAGGAAUAUAUAUCUGUGAUUGUGCUUAUGCUAAAAGCCCUGAAAAAAAGAAAAAAGAAGACGAUGACCACCUUCAGGUUGCACUCAAAAAGCUUUGAUCUUAGUUCUCCCUGGUUGCCGGAGGGAGGGGGGGUACUCUUCAACAACCAGUCUUAAACCUGGUCGGUCUCUGUACACUGUCGCCAAAUAAUUCUGAAAUACAAUCUUAUGCUGUGCAUAAUUCAGUUGUGUGUACUGAGGUUAGUGCACCUCUUCCUCUUUCAUACAGCUGCUUGUGCACCUGCAUGGAUGGGUUGUGAGGGACAAUUCCUCCUGCCAAACCCUUCUCUGGCCCUGCUACUCUUGCCUGUUCAUCUGUCCUCUUAAGAGACUCUCACACCUUGUUCUGGAUGGUUUCUAAGGCACCAUCCACUGUGCCCCUUGCCACGUUCAGAUAACAUGACAAUCCACACGUCACAAGGAUAAUUACGGAAAUUGUAUGGCACAGACAGAGGCAGGGAAAAGAAGCCACUGUGGCUUUCCCUCAGUGAGUGUGAACCUAGCUAGGGUGUGCAAGUGGUGGGAAUAAAAAAGUUGCAGUGUUUGCCUUGUUUUUCCCUCAGGGAAGUGCCAACUGGACUAAAGGUAAUAACCAUUACAGUGGCAAAGAGGAGGUAGGUAAAGGGGUCCAGCUGAGGGCACUGUGGCAGAAUUUGGAAAAGCUAGGCAAAUGGGAUGAUGACAAGGAGAGAGUUAUGCUAAGGGAAAUGGAAGGUUGUAAGGAAAGUGGCUGAAAGAAGAGAGUGGGGGUAGGAGAAGGGCUUUUCUACUUAGUGGUUCGGUGUUAGAGUGUUGGACUGGAACUCAGGAAACCUGGGUUCUAAUCCCUGCUCAGCCAUGAAGUUCACGGGGUGACUUUGGGCCAGUCACAGACUCUCAGCCUAACCUACUUCAUAGGGUGGUUGUUGUGAGGAUAAACUGAAGUGUUGGAGAAUCGUGUAAGCUGCCACGGGUUCCUUGCAAGAGGAAGAAAGGCAGGAUGUAAAUGUGAUAUAACAAUGAGGCUUUUAAUCCAACAUUUAAUCCUGCUUCUCAAUUUUUUUGCAGGAUUAGGAUCAGCUCCUUUUUCUCCUAAGACUUUUCUCUGUCUGUCUCUCUAUAUGUUCCAUUAUACAAUGACUAGGUGACACUGUAGUCUAGCAUAUAUGCCUAAAUCCAUGAUGGCUUCAUUUUGCCACUCUCCUUAGACGAAUAAAAGCCACCAAAAAUGUCAAAAAGAACACGAGAGAUCUUGGAGGAGGAUGACAACAUGUAAAGCAUGUGCAAACUACCAUGAGCAAAGGAUCAUGAACGUACCUAGUAGGUGUCUUAUGCAGGAAAGCUCGAAGGGAAGGAAAAGGCGGUUUUUGCAAAUAAGAGGUUUUAAACAACAUCUGGGUGGGGAACUGAGAGAAGGAUACUGCCUGAUCAUCAAGGGACAGAAUGGCUGUGAGGCGCAGGUGCGUGCAGAAGAACUGCUCCAUGAAAGAUGUCUGUGAAGCAAACAUUUGGCUUAGGAAGUGUACCUAUCUGCGCACAGUAAUGGAAACUGACGAACAAUGAGAAGGGGCAAAGAAAUAAUUCAAUUGUAAAGUGAAAGCGGAAAAUGUAUUGUUAUUUAUUGUUACUUAUUAAAAUCCAAAGAAACUUUUUUGAUAUA